AUGUGUAUUUACUGUUUGCUGACAGGCAUUGGUCAUGAUCAAGAGGUGGACAUUGAAAGACUACCUGAUCCUAUUCCACGUGGAGUGUUCAAGCAAGUUAUACCACAUGGACCACCGACCUACAUUGUAGCUGAUCUGGAAACCACUGAUCUAAUAAGGGGAGAUCAAAUUCCGCACAUCACCCAGAUAGCUGCUGUUGAAAUGUCAACUGGUUCUACAUUCAACAAGUAUGUUAUCCCAAAAAUUCCUAUCACAUCAGCUGCAGAGAAUGUUACCAAAAUUAUUAUGGUUAAUGAAAAGGUGAUGGCAGUGGAUGGUGUGACAGUGGAGCCAGUUCCGUUACAUGUAGCAUUGAAAAAAUUUCUUUCAUGGCUUGAAUCGUUUGACAAUAUUUACAUUAUUGCCCAUAAUGGAAGGCGAUUUGACUUUAUAGUAUUGACAGCAGCAUAUAAAGUUUGUGGAUUGCUACCAAAUUUCUUGUCGGCUAUCACAGGGUUAGUAGAUUCAUUACCUGUGUUCAAAACAUGUGUAUCCUAA